GUCAUGUUGUACGUCAAUGUGAACUAGUCAUAUUUCAGGUGUUAUUUGAAUUAUCCGUACAUCAUUCACGGAACUCACAGGACACAGAAUCUUUAUCUGCAUUCACAUUUAUAACGUCAAAUCAGAAUACUAUGUAAAAGUGUAAAUUAGAAAUUUGUAAUCUUUAUUAUCUACAUGAGUAGAAACAAUAAGUAUAAGUUAAACAUAAAACUAAUUAUAUUUAUUGCAAAUAUUUAACCCUACAAACAAUUUCUAAAUAAUGUAUCGAGUGAAUACAGUUUAUACAGUGCAAAGCAGGCAAUAUUGAGUUACUAAUAACAAAAACAUAAUAGCUGUUUAUUUUUUAGAGCGUUAUAAUUAAGGAUACUACAGUACUACUAAAAACACAUCAGAAUUACAUCUAAAAGAAAGAGCUUGUACCUCAAAAUGUUGCACGAAAUAACCCGAAGAUGCAUUAAUGUCAGCAAACAUGAUGACACCAUCUUUAAGCAACACAAUUGUUUACUUGCAUUGCGUGGAGAUAAACAAUUGCAUAUACUAGAGUAUUCAUACAAUGUGUUAUGUUUAGAUAAGAAGUUGGAUUUUGUGGAAUCGUCAAUCGUUUGUCCAAGAAGUAGUGCUACAUCUGAGUUUUCUAAAGAAUAUGCAAGAAAAGGAAUCAGUAAUAUAGAACUUGUUGAAUUUGUAACAAACCCUUAUUUCUGGCCAUAUAGUAAUGACUUGAAACAAGAAAUGACUAAUAUUAUUGCAUUUGAGUGGUCACCAUCAGAUCUUAUUUAUAAUAAUCAAAGUGUACUUGCCAUUUUAAAUUCUGUUGGUAAUGUGGAAUUCUUUGGUCCACAACAAAAAGUUUGGUGUAGUAUUGUGGAAUUUUCAGAUAUUAUGAAACACUACUUUAUAUCUGAAUUACAAAUAGAUGUGGGUGAAAAAUGUAAGACAAUAGAGAAAUUAAAGGAAGUAGUAUAUGGUAUUGGAACUAGUGCAAUAUGUUGGGGACCCAGUAUUAAUGAAGACAGAUCAAGUAUUUUUGUCACAGCACAAAGGAAUAGUACUAUUAUAUUUUGGUCAAUUAAAUUUACUAAUACUGACUUGAGUGUUGAUGUUUUGGGAAAAAUCUAUGCUGAUGUUGAAGAAAUCAAAACCUUAGCAUGGAUACCUUACUCAGAUAACUUGUUUUUAUUAAUUUAUGCCAAUGUAUUGGGAGAGGUGGUUGGAAAGGUUUGUAGAAUAGAAGAGGGAAAAAUAUUAGAACAAGCAACAAUUGUUUUAUGGAAAUGUAAAGAUAGAAUGGUACCCAAAAACAUUCAGUAUAUUAUUGAUGACAAUUGCUUACUGAUUAUCUAUCCUAAACAUAGACACUUGGUGGUGCAGAUGUUUGAUACUGAUUUUAAAUUACUCACCGAAGUUGUUAAUGUUGUCAAUGAUGAGAAAAUUUCAGUAUUGACUAAAACAUCAGCAGGUCUAUAUAUAGGAACAAUAAAUACUAAAAUAUAUAAAUUAAUUUACACAGUGACAAGAAAUGCCCUCACUAUUGAGUUUGAAAGUAUAAUAUUAAAAGACUCUUAUGUAAAUCAUGAUCUAUAUGGUCUUGCAUUUUCACCGAAUGAAAUAAUUUGCCAUCUUGUGCUUGCUAAUAGAAGAGUUAAUGUCAGAAAAGAACCAUUGCAUAUGUUAGUUGUAUCUCUUAGUUCUGAAGAACAAAUUGAAAAUGUAUUGCUUGAUAAUCCUUCAAAAAAGUUAACACAUAUGUGGGACUGCAUUGAGUUAUUAAGGUAUAAGACUAUGAAAAGCAAGAAAUUACCUUCACUUGAUUAUGUAAAUCUCUAUAAUGAGACUAACACAGAUAUAUAUAAAUUAAAGGUUUAUUUGAUCUUAGUAAAGCUGUACAAUAGUUUAGAAGAAAUAUUGAAGAAUCAAUCUAAAGGAUUAUUGCCUGAGACAUCAAUUGAAGUUGUUCAAGAUAAACUUCUGGCUGCUCAUGCAAAGGAAACUAUCAUAAAUAAAUAUGAACAGCACAAAAAUCCUACAUUAAAUGGUUUUGAAAAGGAAUGGUUAUCAGGAUGUUGCAAAUACCUAGAAUAUUAUAGUAAAAAAUAUGAAAUUCCGAAGAAUAACAUAAUUUCAAAUAAUACUUGGGAAAGUCUUAUUGCUUUAAUAACUAAAACUGAGUUACCAAAAUAUAAUUGUCUUUUUUGUGAUGAUUUGAUUGAGGAUUUUGCCUGUGCCAAUGGGCAUACAAGUAUGUUCUGUUCUGUGACUUUUACCCCAAUAGACAGUGAAGAAUACCUUGCAUGUAAUUGCUGUGAGGUGACUGCAAGAAUGGAACUAUAUCAAUAUAAACCCUUAUGUGUGCUCUGUGAUGGUCAUCUAGAGAGUUAUAAUGUAUCAUUAUAAUACUUGUUGUAUUGCUUAUUGUUUAAGUAUAUCUUAAAAAGUUGUUGCUGUACAAAGAUUUUUACUAUAAUAAAUGUUUUUAUUAAGUUAAA